UGAACUAAUAAGUAAUAAGUAAUAAUUAAUAUUUUUUGAAACUAAUUUGUUACCUUGAACGUUUUUUUCUUUCUAAAUAAAUAUUAAUCAUGUUUUUAUGGUAAAAAUAAAAAACAUAAAACACGUUGGUCAAAGUCACUGACAAUGCUUGCUUUGAAGAAAUCUCUGGCCACGUUAGCUGGCUGCCGACUGCGUUGGACUAGGUCGUUUCUGACUGAAGCAUACAGGUGCGAUGAUGUGUGGCAAGAACGGCUGGGCUGUUCGUUGUUGAAAAAAGUCGAACCCGAUGUGCUCUACCACAAGUUGUCUACCGCACUGGAACACGGUUCUAAGCAAAUUAGUGCCGUGGAUCUAGACGUGUUUGCCAACUCGUUGACGGAUAGUACAUACUUGGAGGAGUUGGAAGAACUUACUCAUAAGUUUCGUUUGUCAGCACAGACUGGCACUAUGCUCCCAUCAACACAUCAUGCUGUUGUGCGAUUGCUUGUAGCAUCUAAUAGUGUUAACGACCUUAUCAGGAUAUUGAAGGAUCGGUUAAAUUACGGAAUUUUCCCUGACUACUAUCUCUGUAACUUUCUAAUGGACCGUUUCAUUAAAGACAAUGAUAUUCGAAAUGCUGCAGUGGUUAUUUCCAACCAAAUGUUACAAGAAGAAUUAGACAAUGAUAUUACCAAAGCUAUGGGGUUAUAUUCCUGUUUAAAAUAUAUCACUAAUCCAAUUGAAUGGGAAGAAGCAAAAAUAGAAACAAAAGAAACAAAUAAUGAUGAUGACGAUGAAGAAGACAGAAGAGUUCGUGUAGACUUUUUAAGAAAUCCUUAUUUUGAUGAUCAUUUUGAUUUGGCAGACGGUGAUCACUUAGUUGGAAAAACUAUGUUGGCAAUCAGCAGUAAAAUUGAUAAUGCUAUAUUGGGCAACAGUUUUAAGACUCUUGGAUUAGCUUAUUAUAACCGAUGGAAUGAUUUAAGUAAUCAACUAGAAAAACUUAAUGGUUCUAUUUACCUAGAAACAGUAGAUUUGGCAAUUACUGCAAUAGAUAGACGUGCACCUGAAAAUGCUGAGAAGCUAAAAGAUGCACUUAAAAGAUUGCAAAUCGAAAACAAAAGUUUGACUGAAGAAACAAAAAAAUUUGUAAAUGAGGCAGUAACUAAAAAUGAAGAAACAGAAAUACAAAAUCAAAAAAUGAUAUACAAAAAAUGGGAAUCCUUCAGACGAGAAGAGCUGUCUAGGUACCUUGAUCAUUUAAAUAAGUUGAAACGUUUACAGAAGGUCCAACAAGCCAAACUGGAUCUCAAAGAAAAAGAACAGUUAUUAUUCUUCUUUGAUAAUGAACAUAAACAUGACCUUGUUAAAGAAGAAAAAUUGAAACGAAUGAAAAAGACAGUUAUUAAAGACAAAAACCUUAAAGAUGAUUUAACAUAUAUACCACCAGAAAUCAGAAAACCUGGUUUUAAACGAGAUUAAACCAAAUUAUAAGUUAAGUUAAAUAUUACAUGGUAUAUAGUAAUAAAUAAUUAAUAAAUAAUUGCAUUUAAAUUUA